GGGCCUUGGUGGCCCCCAGGUCAGAAAGACCACUAACACAAUUCCCGUGGACCUACAUAGGAGUGAGAGGCCACAGACAACUGCAAAAAGGAGCCACUCAGAGACUGUCUUUCAAAAGAAGUGAAGUCAAGAUGAAGAACCAUUUGCUUUUCUGGGGAGUGCUGGCCAUUUUUGUUAAGGCUGUUCUUGUGACAGGUAUGUGGUAUUUAGAAAAUGAACUCAAAUAAAAGAAAAAUAUAGCAUGGAUUUCCCAUGAUGAAGAUGGAAUGAUUGUUCUUGCUGAUAACAAAUGUAAGUGUGCCCGGGUUACUUCCAGGAUCAUCCGUUCUACUUCUGAAGACCCUAAUGAGGACAUUGUGGAGAGAAACAUCCGAGUUAUUGUUCCUCUGAACAACAGGGAGAACAUCUCUGAUCCCACAUCACCACUGAGAACUAAAUUCGUGUACCAUUUGUCUGACCUCUGUAAAAAAUGUGAUCCUACAGAAGUGGAGCUGGAUAAUAAUGUAGUUAUUGCUACACAGAGCAAUAUCUGUAAUGAAGACAGUGCUACAGAGACCUGCUACACUUAUAACAGAAACAAGUGCUACACAGCUAUGGUCCCACUUACUUAUGAUGGUAAUACCAAAAUGGUGGAAGUAGCCUUGACCCCAGAUUCCUGUUACCCUGACUAAUUUAAGUCAUUGCUGAUCGCACAACUCUUUAUCUUGAGAGGCUCUCCAUUUUGAUCCAGAAAGUUAAUAUGUUUACUACAAAUGAACUUGGAACCAAGAUUUUUCUUCAGUGAUAUAAAACUAACUUUCCCCCCAAAUAACUGAAAUAGUAACAUUUUUAUCUUUAUUAGGCAAUUACCUCUCAAUUAGGCAAGAGGAAAAAAUAAAACUCAAAAAGUAAAA